UUGAUUAAAAAAAGAGAAUCAAAUGUGUGAUUGCUAAUUAAAGAACAUGUCAAUGAAAUGUUUAGCUAUUGAUGUGAGUAGUUUGAGAGAGAUGACUGGUUUGACAAACUGCUGAUUGAGAGAAUUUCCUUCCCAUGAUGUCACCAGCAUCAGCAUGCAAAGUCUUAAGGGCGGACCAAGGGGGUGUGUGUCAAACACUCUAAGAAGAAGAAGAAGAAGAAGAAGAAGGCAGAAAAGUGUUGAAAGUGUCUACCACACAGUUUUUUUUUAAGGAGGUGCUAUAUUGUGUCAGACGAAUGCUCACUCAUUAACCAUUCAGACACACACAGAGAAGCAAGCAUGCACAGUAACCAUAGGCCCCCAUACCCUCCAGUGUUCACAGUUGAUGCUGCAGGAGGCUUUUCUCAUCAGCAUCGGGCAGCAAGAGACGAACCUCCCCUGGUUCCCUGCUGGACAUUACCUCCUGCCCAGUUUCGGCCGAAGAAAAGGAGCUGUGGAGGAGUAAGCUCGGCAGCAUGCCUUCUGAUUAUGGUCCUUCUGACAGUGUUUGCUGCACUGGGACUUGGAGCCUAUCAGAUACUUCAGCUGCAGACAGAACUGCUACAUCUGAAAAAGGAAGUACACCCACAAACUGAAAGCAGCUCACCACAAAGGCUAGUCGGAGACCGUCAAGUCGAAGAUAUUCAGAAGCACAAGCAUGUACCAGCUGCACAUCUGAUGGGACAAAGCCAAGACCAUAAAUCCAAGACCCUCAGGUGGGAGUCAAGUCGUGGCCGUGCUUUCACAGAUGGCGUCCUGUACCGUGACGGUGGUUUACAAGUGAAUGAGACCGGCCUCUACUUUGUCUACUCACGUGUGGAGUUUCUAUCAAAAGAAUGCAAACCAAGGGAAUCCCUGAUCCACACAGUGUACGUAAAGAGAGCCGAACGGAUGCAAAUACUCAUGACCGAUCAUCGAGAAGGCUUCUGUCAGGUUAACAGCAAGGAGUUCUGGAUGGCCGGAAGUAACCUUGGUUCCAUGCAUCAGCUCAGGCAGUAUGACUGGGUGUAUGUCAAUGUAUCACAGCCAUCCAGGCUCAGUUAUGACCACCAGAGUAAUUAUUUUGGCCUUUUUAAACUCCCAUAAACACCCUCUGUGACCCUCAAAUGUUUGUCGAGCCAAUGGUCAGCGGUAACAGGAAAAGUACAUUUGAAAGGCAAAAAUUGGCCUUUGUGUAAGAAGAAGUGUAGGCAAUCAUCCACGGAUGACGCUAUAUGUAAGAUUAUAUAGCAAUUGAUAUUGUUUCCUGAACACUACUAUGCUUCUGUAAGGAAUGAAGUUGCAGUGAUGUUAUUUAUUUACAGAAAGAUUUAUUAUGUAUGUCUGGGCAUGGUCUGAAUUACAUAUCAAUAUACAUUAUGGGUCACAUUGACUAUAAGUCUAAUAUACAAUUUACAGUUUAUUAAAUUAUUGUUGAUGAUGUUCAGAAAGCCUUUGUUUAAUGAAUAAAUGAUUAUAUAUUGAAAAAGAAAUUAAGAAAUGACUAUUUGUCCACUCGAAAUAUAGCACAUGUUGUUACUAUAGUAAAACAGAUUUGUUGAUGAUGGCAAGGGAAAGAGUGGGCUGACACUGGGAGAGAUGAAGGAAAAUAUGCUAAGCAUUACAAUUAACAUAGUUUCCAGGUCUGUUUCUAUACUGACCAUAUAAUUAACAUGUUGUUAAAUGAGUCAUAACAUGUUUCAUUUUACAAUUUUAAAAGGGAUUCAACUUUUAGUAAAGACGCAUAGUCAGUCUAGCAGACUGAGGUCUCUAAUACCCUCUUUUGGGCAACCAGACAGCUCUGCAAUGUUGCAGUUUCAUUCCUCAUCAUUUCUGCAAAGACCCUCAUGCUGGCU